AUGAACAUUUUGUCUACUGAGUUUUUGAUCAUUCAUCAUAAAAAUUAUUUCAAAUUAGACGGAAAAAACCUCUUGAAUCGAUCCAUACUAUCACUGGAUUCGAAUGAUUAUUAUCAUGUAUCAAAUUAUGAAUUCAAAUGUGUUCGACAAUUGGCAAUAUGUUCAUCACAUGGAUGGUCGUUAAAAUUGCAAUUACGUCUUAAUGAAUUUCAAUCACGUAGUCGUGAACAUAAAUAUUUAUUGUUUAGUACAGGUGCUCAUGAAUCUCAUGGCGAUGGAAUGUUGAUUUAUUUAUAUCAAUUAAAAGAUGUAGCAUAUCUUGAGUUUGGUUUAAAAGAAUUUGUUGAUGAUCAAUUUGCAUUCUAUUGGCAAAUUGAAGCUGAUUUAGAAAUAAAUAAAUGGGUUGAAAUUAUAAUUACUGUUGAAAAACAUACAACAUCGUCUGGUCAACAUUUUCAAAUGAAAAUUUUUUUUGAUGGAUAUUUAUACAAAGAAACAGAAAUCGAAAAUUACAAAGAAAUAUCAAUAUUUAGAUAUAAACAAAUACAUCCUAAAGCAACUGUAAUUUAUGGAAAUAAUUCAGGAUUAGCAAUGAUUGAUAAUAUUAUAUAUUAUGAAAGAAUUUUAAGUGAUGAAGAUAUCGCUAAUGUUUCUCUGGAUAUAAUUGCAUUAGGAUGUUUAAAAAGCAAUGAUCGUGUUCAUCAGUAUAUAAUUGCUGAAGUAUUUGACGAUUGGAAACUAUGCCGUGAUAAAUGUUCUAAUCGAAAAAUGAAGAUUGCAUUGUAUUCUUCGACAACUGGUCAAUGUGGAUGCGUACAAAGUUCUCUUGAAUUAGAUACAUCAUUUAAUUAUGAUAAGGAGUGCAACUGUUCAUUGAAUGAAUUAUGUUCCAAUAGUGAAGAAUGGCAUGUACUUGUAGUAUCACGUAUCAUCGAUUUAGUUGAUACUGAAGUUGGUCUCGAUAUUCGUAUAGCUGACGCGACCUUUUUAAAUCAAGGACGAACACGAGUUCAACGUAACGAAGGUGUUGAGAUGAUUGUUUCAGUUAAAAAUGAAAGAAAUCUUGCAGCAUUAACGGUUUAUGGCGAUAUCGAAGGUCAAGAAUUUACUCAUAUGGAAACAAAUUCAUCUGAAAUGUAUAUAACACCUGGAGUUGUUAGUCUAUCUUGGAAAAAUGAAGGCUCAAAAAAAGUUAACUUUCGUGCUGAUUAUCGUCGAAUGGUAAAUGAUGAAAUGUCUGAAUAUCGUACAGUUUAUGUUGAUGUUGUUUAUGUUAAAACUGAUUUACCAUUGAAAUGCGUUCAUCUUUCAUCCGAUAAUCGUGAUGGUCAUCCCUAUCAAAACUUUACCGUACAAACUUAUGGAAGUAUUCCAAUAAAUUGUACAAUUGAUUUUGGUGAUGGAGAUCGGAAAACAAACGUAACAAAUCGUCAUCAAUAUUAUACAGCUUAUUUUUCAAAAAACUACACACGUUAUGGACAAUAUAAUAUAUCAACUCAAUGUUAUAAUGAACUUAGUGUUAAUACAGCAAGAAUAAUACGAACUGUUCGACGAGAAAAUAUGAAUAAAAAAAUGAUUAUUCAUAAAAAUUUAGCAGAAACAUCAGAAGCAACAAGAUUUUAUUUAACAUCACGCGACGAUUAUGCAUGCCAACAUACUAGUCAUUUACGUUUAAGAAAUGCAAUUACAAAUGAAACGAUGAAGUUAAUUCAGAGAAAAAAAAUGCUUGAAGUUAUACCAGAUGAAUCUUUACCAGCUGGGAAACACCUUUAUCAACUUGCAUGUGGCUCAGCAUCAUUACAACCAUAUUCUCUUAAUAUACAACCAGCUAUUCGUUCAUUAGAUGUUGAACCAUCGAAAUCAACAAUUAAAAGCGGUCAAACAGUUGAGUUUUCCAUAACACUUCAACCAACAUUAGAUUUAACAGCUAUACUUGACUGUGGUGCAAGUAAAAUACCAUUAGAAAUCAUACAUAUCGAGCAGACAACUGAUUUAGCACCUAUUCUAAUUGGUAGUUGUACUUAUUCAACACCUGGCCAAUAUUAUCCAUUGAUAAGUGCAAUGAAUCAUAUAAAUUCAGUAAACCAAUCGGUACAUAUCAAUGUUGAUCCACCAUUAUCACAAUUUGAAGUUGAUAUUGAAGAUCUUUUAGAUAUAAACGAAUUAACAGUUACAAUACGUGCAUUAGAAAAAACAUCAUAUGAAGGAGUGUUUACACUAACUAUUAUUAAUAAUAUAAAUGAAAGAAAUCAAACAAUGAGAAGACCUGUGCAAUUAUUAGAAUCAAAUAAUUUUACAGAACAAUUAGAUGUCAAUAUAACAACAUAUGGACAACAAAUAUUACAUGUACGUGGAGAAGAUUUUCCAACUAUACGCGAAGCACAAGCUAGAUUUACAGUUGGAACAAAAAUUACAAAGAAACCACAAGUAUAUAUAAUAAAUCAACUAGGCUUGGCUAAUAAAGAUUUCAUUUGGGUUGAUAUACAAUGGAUUAACGGAGUCGGUUUUGACAUAGAAAUCGACUAUGGAAACGAGAAAAAAGUGGUUCUUCAUUAUGGACAAUUUAUAUCUAAUGCAGUUAAUCGUAUAAUGAAAAAAAUUGAUGGAAUACAUCAUCUACAAUGGAAAAUAACUGCAAAACAACGUUUACAAAUUGGAUAUCGAUAUCCAAAAUCCGGUACGUACAAAAUCGAUGUAACAUUUAUUCAACCAACAUUAGAACUUAUGCGAAUCGGAUUAAAAUGUUCUACAGUCACAAUAGUUGAUGUUCGAAGUCAAGAAGAAGAAACAUGUUUUCAAGAACACAAAUUUUAUCUUUCAUCAUUAAAUUCAUUGAAUCAAAUUAAUUCAUCGUCAUCUGUUCUCCUAUUACCACAUAGUCUCCAACAUAAACUUGAACCAACAAUAUUAACAAAUUGUUCUAAUCAUGAUUUUAUAUAUUCAUUUUAUCUUCUUUUUAUUGAUCCAUCGCUAUGGAAACAUUCACGUGUUCAACGGUAUUCAUAUCAUAUAAAUCAACCUUUUGAAGAAAAAUUUAUCGAUAAUUAUUGUUCAGAAUUUGGAUCGAAAUCAAUAUUAGCUCUUGAACCAAAAUCUCUUUCACACGGUUAUUACCUAUAUGUAUUUACCAUUGGUAGAGAUUCAAGUAUGGUUGAUUUUCGACAAUAUAUUCAACCCAUUGAAAUUACACGUUCAGACUUAAUUACAAAAUUUGGUGGAAAUGAAACAAUUAAGAAUAAUAAUGAGGAAAUUCAUUUGGAUUUUUAUUUAAGAACAAUGGAUCCAGAUAAUGAAUUAGAAAGACGUAAACUUAAUUUUACACUUAUUUGUUAUCCUGAACAGUUUCAAUCAUUAAUUUUUCAACCAAACAUAAUUCGAUUGGGUUCAUCAAGACCAACAGAAGCCAAUGCACAAAAUAUAAAUGAAUGGUCUAUACAAUGGUCGCACUUAAACUUAAUAUUACAUCGAUCUGAAUUAAAUUUACAAUUCUAUGAAAAUCAAUGUUUUUCAUCAAAUGUGAAGAAUGAUAAAAAUCGAAAAUCAAUACAAUUCAAUUCUGAUAGAAAAACAUUAACUAUUAAUGAAAAAAAUUUAAUGUUUGAUAAUGGCAUAUUACAUUUUUUACUUAUUGUUCGACAUUUAAAUGAUGGUAGACAAUUGAUCGCAAGUUUAGAAGUUGAUAAACAAUUGAAUUUUAUUUUUGAUACAACGGAUUUAAGCGCAUUAGAAGAUAUUAUGAAUAAUUUAGAAGAUUUAGCUUCGUCUAAUCCAAAACAAGCAGUAGAAUUAAUCACUGGUGUAGCUGACAGACUUAAUCAAAUGAGUGAUAAUAAUACUUCAGAAAACACAAACGAAGCCGAAACAAAAACAAUGAAUGAUCGAAUGGCUUCAAUGCGAUCAAAAAUGUUAACAUCGAUGAAUACAGUUUUCAAUUCUGUAGAUGAUCCAAAUACUGUUGAUAAAGCCCUAAAAGCUAGUGCAACAGUAACAGCUAAUAGUGACCAAAUGCCAUUAAAUAAUCAAGAAAAAGGAGCUGAUAUUAUUGAAAAAGUUGGCACCAAAGUAAAAGAUAUGAAUUCAACCGAUGACGAAACUGUUACUAAUCUUGCUACAUCAUUAUUGAAUGUUGGGGGUAAUGUUCUUCAAGCUGCAUCAAGAACUGUUUCAAAAGAUAAAGAAAAUAACCCAGAUGCUGUCAUUGAAAAUCUUGAAUCAGAUAUGAAAGUAACAGAAAAUGAAGAAACAGACACAAAAGUUCUUUAUGCUCCAACACAAUUUUAUGAUGCAUGUGAUGAAUGUGAGACAUUACCUGAAGAUCGAUGGGAAGAAUUUCGACAUAAAUUAGCAGAAGAAAAGAAAACAAUUAUUGAAGGACGAGAAAGAGCUUCCAAUAUUGCUAAACGAAGUUCUGACGGUUUAUUUACUGUUGGCGAUACUUUAGUAAAUCGUUCAUCAAUAAAUGAAACAAAAACUAUUGAAAGUAAAACAAUGACAAUGACAUUUACAAAAGCAAGUCCAGAUGGUAAAUCAAGUUUAUCAGUUGGUGAUACAAAUAUUCGUUUACCUGAUUUAUCGGAUUUAAAUUUUGGUUCAGAUUCAUCUGAAGUUUUUACAAAAAUACUUGAAUCUAAAAAUAAUCCAUUCGCAAGUACACAUGGAAAUACAAGUGUACAAGGUAGUGUUGUUACAAUUAUCUUAUCAGGACCAGAUGGAUCAGAAAUGUCUGUAAAAAAUACAACCAAACCAAUUUCUAUUCGUUUAACACGACCAAUCGAUAAACAACCACAAUAUCAACAAUAUGAUUUACAAGGCAAAUCAUUUCAAUAUCAUAAAGUUAAUUUACCUGAAAAACAAAUGACAUUAUCAGUUUAUUUAUCUCCUAAUUCGUCGUCAAUGGAUACUUAUGCUGUUUUUGUUUCAUUUGGUGUCAAUGAAACUGCAUUAGAACCGCCCACUGAAUCAAAAUUUGAUCUUCUUUUUAUUAUUCCAAAUCAAACUGUUUUAGAAUCAACAAUAGAUAUUUAUUCAGAAGAUGAACACGAAUUAAGGCAUACUAUUUUUAUGCCACCAAGUGUUCAUCUUGGAAAUGGAACUUAUAUAUUUGGUGUUAAAUUGCUUGAUACAAAUAUGACCAAGAAUUUAACCGAACAUAAUUCUGGUUACACAAUAAAUAUGUAUGUAUCAAAAUGUCAAUACUGGGAUGAAAAACGUUUCAUAUGGAGUUCAGAUGGAUGUGAAGUUGGAUCGCUGACAACAUUAAAAUCAACUGAAUGUCUUUGUACACAUUUAACAACAUUUGGAAGUGAUUUUUUUAUCCCGCCAAAUAAAAUUGAUUUUACAACUGUUUUUAAAAAAUUUAAAACUUUACAUGAAAAUGCUGCUGUGUUCAGUACAGUUAUUGGUAUUUUUAGUUUAUAUAUUCUUGCUGCUAUUUGGGCAAGAAGAAAAGAUAAGCUUGAUUUAAUUAAGUGGACCGCAACGCCGUUGAUUGAUAAUCUUCCAAUCGAUACUUAUCAUUAUUUACUAACAGUUCAUACUGGUUUUGGUAAAGAAUCUGGUACAACAUCGAAUAUAAGUUUUGUUAUAUCAGGUGAAUCAUCUGAUAGUGGUAUGCGAAAAUUAACUGACGGAAAAAUAAAAGAAUUUUCCGCUGGUAGUAUUCGAAAUUAUGUCAUGAGUGUUGAAUCACCACUUGGUCCUUUACUCUAUCUUCGUGUUUGGCAUGAUAAUUCUGGUGUAAAAGAAAGAGCUUCUUGGUUUUUAAAUAUGAUCAAUGUUCUGGAUUUACAAACAGGCGAAAAGAGUUAUUUUAUUUGUAAUGAUUGGCUUGCAGUAGAAAAAGGUGAUGGAUUAGUUGAUCGUAUUAUACCACUUGCAUCCUCAAAAGAAUUAAAAAACUUUUCACAUUUGUUUACGGAAUCCGUUAAAAAGAAACUUAGUGAUGCGCAUUUAUGGUUUUCGGUAUUUUCACGGCCAGUACGAAGUAAUUUUACACGUCUUCAACGUAUAUCAUGUUGCAUAUCAUUACUUUUUUGCACCAUGAUAUCAAAUGCAAUGUUUUAUCGACAAGAUACACAGACAAUGACAAAUAAAUCUGGUGUUUUAUUGAAAAUUGGCCCUCUUGAGUUUACAUUAACACAAGUUUUAAUUAGUUUUUUUGGUACAUUAGUUGUCUUACCGAUAAAUAUAAUCAUUAUAACAUUAUUUCGUAAAGCAAAAUAUAGCCAAAAAACAUUAGUAACAUACCAAUUGAAGAAAGCGAAAUAUCAAAAUAAAUCAUAUGAAAGCAAUGAACAACAUAAAAAGACAAUUAGUUUUUUUUCAAAAACGAAAUCUUGUUGUAAUAAUUCGAAACUUGAUCAAGAAGAAAUUGAACGCAUCAAUGCAAUACCAUCAAUCGAAGACAAAACACGAACACUUCCACAUUGGCUUGUUUAUGUUGCGUGGAUAUUGGUGAUAUUAAGUAUUUUAACAUCUUCAUUUUUUGUUAUUCUCUAUUCAUUGGAAUGGGGUGCACAGCGCGCAAAUGAAUGGUUAAUUACAAUGAUGCUUUCAUUCGGUCAAUCCAUACUAAUCAUUGAUCCAUUGAAAGUAUUUCUGAUUACGGCUAUUCUAAGUUGUCUUAUUCGCCGACCAUAUAAUGAUGAAACAUUAGACUUUGAUGAUCCAUUUACUGGCGCAUUACUUGCACAUAAUAAUUUAACUCAUGUUGAUUAUAAUGAUGAGAUUUGUAAUGAGAAAAAUUUUAAAAAAAUUGCCAUUCAACGUCGUGUACAUUUAUUUGAUCUACGUCCGAUUGAUUCAAAGGAAAUGGGACGUGCAAGAGAACAACGUUUACGUGAAAUAAAAAUGGGACAAAUCAUACGUGAAAUUAUUAUCUAUGUAUUUUUUACGGUAGUUUUAUUAUUUCUAUCGUAUCAAUCACGAGAUACAAAUUCGCAUGGGUUAUAUCGUGAUACAAAACAUUUAUUUAUUACGGAAAAUUUUAAUGAUGUCACUUCAAUCGAUGCAUGGUGGGAUUAUUGUAAUAAUAUUUUACUAAAAGGACUUUAUGCACAACCAUGGUAUAAUAAUAAAAAUUUAACAUGGAGAGAAAAAUUGACAACUGCAACUCGUGUAUCGAUGCGUGUUGGUGCACCUAGAAUUCGUCAAUUGCGUGUCAAAGACAAUAGUUGUCGAAUUCAUCGUCGUUUUAAACAUAUAAUAUCGCAUUGUCGAAAUGAUUAUAAUUGGUUUGAUGAUGAUACAAAACAUUAUACAUCACGAUGGGAAACAGUCUUGGAUAAAAAUACACCGAACUUAAAUAAUGAAACAAAUAAUCAAGAAAAGCGGUGUAAAACACCAUGGUGUUAUCAAAGUAGUAUUUAUACAAAAAGUGAUCCUCUUUCGGCAAUUUACAAAACAUAUAAAGGUGGUGGCUAUGUUGUUUCAUUAGGUCGUACAUAUGAAAAAGCUCUAUCAGUACUUGAUGAACUUCAUUCACAAAAUUGGCUUGAUCAAUUGACUCGUGCAGUUAUUAUUGAUUUUUCACUUUAUAAUGCAAAUGUUAAUUUAUUUGUUGCUGUAACACUUUCAUUUGAAAUGACAUCAAUGGGCUCAGUUAUACAAGAUCAUCGCAUUAAAGUAUUUCGUUUAUAUGAUCAUAUUGGUAGCUAUGGUUUAAUUGUAUAUAUAUUUGAGCUAUUUUUUAUUAUUUUUACCAUCUACUCUAUUGUGCAUGAAACUUCGUUAAUAAUUAAACAUAAAAGAGGAUAUUUCAGAAAAUUUUGGAAUGUGACUUCAUUUUUAACAGCUAUAUUUAGUAUAAUAAUAAUAAUAAUGUAUGGAACAAAAAAAGCAUUAACACGAUUAGCAAUUCGAUCAUUGAAAAAAACUGAAAUGGGUGAAUUUGUUAAUUUUAAUGCAAUUGGAAGUUUCGAUGAAGUUUAUUCAUAUAUUGUAGCACUAAUUACAUUUUUUACAAUGCUUAAGUUUUUAAAAUUACUUCGAUUUAAUAGACGUGUCGGAAUGUUAUCAAAAUCAUUUUCUUAUGCUCAAAAAGAUUUAAUUUCCUUUGGAUUUGUUUUUCUUAUAUUUAUGUUAGCAUAUGCACAAAUGGGUUUUGCAAUAUUUGGUCGUUCACUUCGUAGUUUUAGAAACUUAUUUAAUUCAUUAACAACUUGCUUUCGAAUGUUGUUGGGUGAAAUCAAUGCACCAGCCAUGAUUGCUGUUAGUCGAGUCUAUGGCGCAUUUUUUUAUUUAUCAUUCGUUAUUCUUGUAUUUAUUGCUUUACUCAGCAUUUUCAUAACAAUUUUAAAUGACUCAUUUGCACGUGUUAAACGAGAAUUAAUUGCAAAAAAAUAUCGAAAUGAAAUGAUGGAUUUUAUGUGGUCAGCAUUUAGAAAAAUUGUUGGACUCAACAAUCAGAAGAAAUCUAAAAAUGAAAAAGAAAAAGAAAAAGAAAGGAUGCCGGUGAAUUCUAUGAAUGAGACGAACAAAGCUCCAUUGGCGACAGCAGACGAUGAGGAAAUUUGA